AUGGGGUGGGGGCUGAAAGUGGAGGUGAUGGGGGAGGGGCUGAAAGUGGAGGUGAUGGGGUGGGGGCUGAAAGUGGAGGUGAUGGGGGAGAGGCUGAAAGUGGAGGUGAUGGGGGAGGGACUGGAAGUGGAGGUGAUGGGGGAGGGGCUGAAAGUGGAGGAGAUAGGGGAGGGACUGAAAGUGGAGGUGAUGGGGGAGGGGCUGAAAGUGGAGGUGAUGGGGGAGGGGCUGAAAGUGGAGGUGAUGGGGUGGGGGCUGAAAGUGGAGGUGAUGGGGGAGGGGCUGAAGGUGGAGGUGAUGGGGGAGGGGCUGAAGGUGGAGGUGAUGGGGAGGGGCUGA